AUGCCUGCCUCCAAUGCAGCCAACGUUAGAUCCAUCAAGAUCGUGAUUGUCGGUGCCGGCUCCGUCGGUGUUACUACCGCCUAUGCCCUCCUCCUAUCAGGGCUCGCAGCCGAGAUCGUUCUCAUCGACAUCGACACGAACCGCGCCCUGGGUGAGGCCAUUGACAUGAGCCACGCCGCCCACUAUGCCCAGGCCCGCGUUCGUGUGGGUGACUCUUACGACGACUGCGCGGGAGCCACAGCCGUCAUCGUCACAGCCGGCGUCAAUCAAAAGCCAGGUCAGACCAGAAUGGACCUUGUCAAGACCAACUACGGGUUGUUCAAGUCCAUCAUCCCCCAGAUCGCCGCCGCCGCGCCAGAUACGAUUCUCAUCAUUGCGACCAACCCCGUUGAUGUCCUCACACAUGCCGCUCUCAAGUUGUCUGGUUUCCCGGUGGAGAGGGUGAUUGGCUCCGGGACAGCCAUGGACACGACCAGAUUCAGACACGAGCUGGGCAAGCAGUUUGGCGUCAACCCGCGAAACGUGCACGCGGUGAUUAUUGGCGAGCAUGGUGACAGUCAGCUGCCGGUUUGGUCCCUUGCUUCGAUUGCGGGCAUGAGGUUGAGGGACUAUGCGGCGCAAAAGGGGAUUCCGUACGACCAGGAGGUCAUGGACGGUUGCUCCCAAAGGACGAAGGACGCGGCGUACGAGAUUAUCCAGCGCAAGGGCAAGACCAACUAUGGUGUUGCUUCGGUGCUGGUCAGCAUCUUGGAGCCGAUCAUCACUGAUGGCGACGCCUUGGUGACGGUUUCGAGGGUGGGGACGUAUGCUGGGGUGGAUGAUGUUGCGUUGAGCAUGCCUUGCAAGCUGAACAGGGCGGGUGCUCACCAGGAUGUGCCGCUGUUGCUGGAUGAGAAGGAGAAGGAGCUGUUGAAGCAGUCGGCGGAGAGUAUCAAGGAGGUGUUGAGGGCUUGCGAGUAAGGGGUUCAUUUUUCCAUCAUGUUUUGUGUACGUUUAGCAGGCGGGUUUGGGUUGGGUUAGAGUUACUGGCAAGUGGGAUCUGGUUCAUUGGGCGUGGGAAUGCCAUCAUGCCUUGAUUUCAUCAAAUGAGAAUAGAUUUCAAACCUGUUUUCCGUGAUUUGUUUGCCAUUGACUGAUUGUUUUGUUUGCUGAUAGGAUUUGCAGCUCUUGA